AUGACAUCAAAAACGGAGGUUACAUUAGAACAUUUUUAUAUAUUCAAUGGCACGUAUGCAAAGAAAGAGGGGGAGGCAAGUAAAUAAAAUUUAUCAACAAAAAAGUAUUUAUACAUAAAAAAAUUACAAAAUUUUUACUCUCUAUGUACAUAUAUUGUACACUUUAUGUACAAUUACAUGUGUUUGUAUGUUUCUAUGCAGGAAGAAAAAAAAAUUCUUUAUUAUUAUCCAGAAAAAGAUUUAGAUAUCCAGAUUAAAAAUAUAGGGCUCAGUGAAGCAAUUAUUAAAUUUGCACAGUACGUAUAUAUAUAUUUUGAAAAUUCCAAAGUUUCUAUCUUAACGUUUAGUAUCAAUGCUAUGUUUUUGCAUUUGAAAUUUUCUUUUUUAGGUCAUUUAAUCCUGGGCAACCAUGCGAUUACUGUCACACACAUAAAACUCGUCAAAUUUAUUAUCAACCAGAACCAAAUUUUUGGAUGGUAAUGGUAAGAUUCCAUCAUUGUUAAAAAAAAAUAUAUUAUAAAUUGUUUGUUUUGAAAGUGGCUUAAGUCAUUUUUUCAAAAAAAUCAAGUUAGUGAUUAAAUUAAUUACAAUUCUACAUGAUCUUUUCAUUUUAAAACAAUUUGCUGUUAAUAUGUAAAGUGCUAAGACUGUUGAUAAAAGUUUAGAUAAGUAACAGAAUGCCACUUAUUUCACCACUUAUGCCACUUUUGAAAUAAACAAUUCAUAUAAGGACACAAUAUACAAUAUUUAUAUAAUCAUGUAAGAUCCACAAAUAUUUAAAAAUUGUUAUAUAGAUUGUUGGUGUACCAUAUAUAUGGAAGGAGAAAGAUGGUAAUAAGUAUACAGAAUAUCAGUAUGAUGAAGUUUCCAGCAGUGUUUGUCAAGCUUUAUUGAAACAAGCAUAUGUUAUGUUUAGACUAUUUAUGGGAUCAUUUGAUACUAUCAUUAAUGAACCUGAAUGUGGAUCUAUAACAUUGUUAAAACAUAAACUUGAACAUUUUUAUUCAAGGUAUUUAAUGUCUUUAAAGUUGAAUAACAGUGAUAUUUUGGACGUUUUUCAAGGCUUACAAUUCUUACCUCUUGACAAAAUAACAUUCUUACGGGUUCAGUGUUUUAUGAAUCUAGUAGAAGCUAUGUUUUCUCAAGUAAAAUACACUGCAUUUCUUUACAAUGAUCAAGUUGUGAGUGGCUUGGAGCCAGAGGAUAUGCAAGUAGUUUAUAAUUAUCUAGUAAGUACACUUUUGCCAGCUCAUCUUGAAAAAGAAUUACACGAGGGUUCAAUGCCCAGAAAUUCACCUUCACCAUUUACAACCACUCACUAUGGAAAAUUUGUCACUGGUCCAUCUAGUAUUAAUGAACCAAGUUUAAUCGGAAAAUCUCCUAAAGUAUUUAUUAAUUAUUCUACGAAACCAGUGUCAUUGUAUUUAGUUGUUUAUAGAGCAUUGAGUGCUACAAUAUGUCUAUUUGUUGACAGUAAAACAAGUUUGUUAAUAGAUUUCUUCAAAAGCCUGGACAGCUUUCUUGGUCCACAAUUAACCACACUUGUUAAUUCAGUUGCUGAACAAUGUGCUAAACAUGUAACAGUUUCUUCUGAAUCGUGCAAAUAUCUAUAUUUCAAUAAACUUAAUUUAGCAUAUAAAAGUACAAUACAUCCAGAUAACAGGAGAUGCUCUAAUGUCCUUACAACACCCGAAGUAUUGAGAGUUAUCACUGAUAUAUAUAAUGAUACAAAUAAACUAAAAGAAGCUGGGGAAAUUAUUAUAAAAACUAUGAGUGAUUAUUGGGUCGUUGGAAAGUUAUCGAACUUAAGGGAAUUUUUUGUAGUUAUUCAACAAAAAAGUGCAAGUAUAAUGGAAAUAGAAGGUAUAUAUAUAUAUAUACAUAUGUGUGAUUACGUAUCUAUUUUAUUAUGAUCUACUGAUCUUCAAUUUAGAAUGACAUAAGUAAGAAUAAUAAUUUUUAUUUCAGAAGAUGUAAAAAAACUUUGUGAAAAGGAAUUAAAAAGUAUAUUUUUCCAUUAAUGAAAAAGUGUGGUAAAUUUAUAUAAAUAUUUAACGACUAUUUUAUAUGAUGACUAAAUAAUUGUUCAUUUUUUUAAUCCAUCUACAAGCAAUGUAUAAUCUGAAAAAUAAUAUAACAAUAGAAGUAAUUUAUAUAAAAUUUAAUGUAAAAUAUAAAAUCUGUACAUACAAAUUAUAUAUUUUUAAAAUAUUUAAAUUACUUAGAUAGUAUUUUUUCAAAUAUUGUGUAA